AGAGCUCUGACUCCCGGCAGAGGGACCAGCGCGGGGGCCGGGCCGCCCCGCCCCGGGCAGCUCGGGCCAUGCGGGGCCCGGCGCUGCCGCUCGCCCGCCGUGCCGGGGCCGCGCUGGGGCUGGGCCGGGCGGCCGGGCGGGACCCGGAGCAGCUGGAAAAGAAGCCCAAAGGGAAGCUCCAGAAGCAGAUCUGCCAGGUGGUUCUGGACCACUUCGAGAAGCAGUACACGGCAGAGCUGGGACAUGCAUGGAGCACUGUCAGAGAUGUGCUGACCUCGCCGUGGUGCUGGCAGCAUGCUGUGCUGCUGAACAGGUUCAGCCACAGCCCCAGCCUGGAGAGCAGCCUGGCUGAGCAGGGAUACAAUCCUGCCUUCCCAGCAGCCCUGCCCUACCUCCCAGCAGCCUUCAGGUGUUACACCAGGACAGCUCCUGGCAGAUUCCCUGCACAGAAACACCAGCCUGGCAGGCUGAAGGACUAUUACCUGCUCAACGCUGCCUCGCUGCUGCCCGUGCUGGCCUUGGAGGUGAAGGAUGGGGAAGAUGUUCUGGAUCUCUGUGCUGCACCUGGGGGCAAAUCUGUAGCUAUCCUGCAGUGUGCCUGUCCAGGUAAUUUUCACUGCAAUGAAUAUGAUGAUUUGAGGUCAAGAUGGUUGGAGCAGACAAUAGAAUCCUUCAUCCCAGAUCCUUUCAUUAACUUGAUAACAGUCUCUAAACUGGAUGGUAGACAGAUUGGAGAUCUUCAGCCUGAAUUUUAUGACAAGGUCCUGGUUGAUGCUCCUUGUUCAAAUGACAGAAGUUGGCUCUUCUCUGCUGACCCUCAGCAAGCUGUGCUCAGGCUCAUGCAAAGGAAGGAAUUGUCCUCCCUGCAGAUCCAGCUUCUAAGGUCUGCUGUUCAAGCCCUGCGUCCUGGUGGCUCCUUGGUCUAUUCCACGUGCACCCUCUCCAGGGCAGAAAACAGUGAUGUGAUCAAUCUCAUCCUGAACUCCUGCAUGAAUGUGAUGCCUGUGGAUAUAAGUGGGAUGGCCAGAGGUGUUUCCCAGGAAUUCACUUUCCUCAGUGGAAUGCAGCAGCAUGAACUGCUGGUUCUCCCAGAGAAAGGGAGAGCCUGGGGUCCCAUGUAUGUGGCUAAAUUAAAGAAAGUGUCCUCCACCUGAUGCCUGUUGGUUAUGAGCAGUAUAUGAUCAACUAAUAUUGAUUUAAAUACAGUAUGUGUAUGUGAACACAUCCAAGGCAACUGAAUUUAGUGUUUCAGUUCCUGAUCAAAAGGAAGCAAGACAUUUAACUUAUUUUAACUUAAAAUACUGAAUGUGCCUUCCAGCAUGGGCUUGUGAGCCUCUGAGUCCUUAGGAAGUUGGUAUUGUUUUCAAGGUGGUGCUUUUAAAGGGAUUUGGAUUCUAGAAUAGAGGCUUAAUGUGGUAGAGUUUUGCACUGGUUUUGCACUUGGUAAAUAACCAAGUUAUUUGCUAACUUGGUUCUAAUACAGUAUGUUUUUAAAUAAAUGGUUUUCAGUGGUCUGAACUCAUGGAAAUCCUGCAUUCUCUUUAAACACAUCUAGAAAUCUGUGUUUCUGCAAGAACUGAUUUGUAUGGACAGUGUAAUCUUGAAGCACUGGCAGAACAGGUUUCAUGUUUGCUAAGUUGUUUGCUUAAAAACAAAGGUGUCUUUUGUUUACAGAUGAAAAGGUCAGCAGUUAGAUCAACACCAGCUUUUUUUUUAGAUUUAUUAAUAUUAUUCUAUUUUGAGCUUGCAAAAAUAAGAAUUGAAAGACUAAUGGUGCAUAUAUUUCAGCCUGUGCUUGUCUUGAAGCAGAGUGGAACCCUUUCAUCCCCAAGGGUCCUUUCCCAGAUGGAAGGUGAUAAUCACUGGUUUUAAAAACAUUGUUUUAAAGAACCGUGGUAAAAUAGUUGCUCUGUGGAAAUGGGAGUGUGUGACAUUGUACACUAAUUAAUUUCACAGAAUGGUUUGGGUUAGAAGGGACCUUAAAGAUUAUCAAGUUCCAACUUCCUUGCUGUGGAAGGGACACCUUCCACUAGACCAGGUUGCAAAGUCCCAUCCAGCCUUAAAUUAAACACCUUCAGGGAUGGGGCACCCACACCUUCACUGGGCAACCUGUUCCAGUGUCUCAUUGCCCUCACUGUAAAGAAUUUCUUUUUAAUAUCAAAUCUAAAUCUGUCUUCCUUCCUUUGAAAACAUUUAGUGUAUUUUAUGUGUGUAUCACAGAGUUUGCCCUCAGCACACUGCUGUACCUUCUGCUGAGGCAAACAAAUGCAUCUGAGGUUCUGAAACCUCACCCUGUGCUGUGUGAGCUUUCACAGUUAUCCUUUCCCCAGCUUUGGGAUGAAAAAUGUUUGAGGUAGCCUUGCAGUGUUAAAUUGUCAGCAAUGUCUCUAAAAACUUGAGAGGCUGUAAAGUUCAUGCAGUUUGGGUAUGCAGAGGAUACUGUGAAAAGGCCUGACAGCAUCUGUCCCAGGAACAUUAAAUGUAAUAUCCAGAUUUGAAGUCAUGUCAGGCUGCUGGGUGAAAUAACCAUACCUUUGGCAAAACGCUUCCCAUCACUUUCAUUUGCCCUGUGGAAAUUGAAAUGGAAAGGCAAGAAUGUAACCUGCUCAGGGAUGGAAUUGAAAUAUGUGCUUGAAUUGGAUGGUUGAGGAGGACGUGGACUGGGUAAUCACAGGAAGAACAAAGAGACCCUUGAAAGAUGAACUCAGUCUCAGCAGAUGGGCAAAUCGCUGUGAGCUGCUUUAGACCUGAACCCUGCAGCAAGGUGUGCACUGAGUUGUGUCUGCAUAACCCUUUGCUGAUCUCCUGGAGUCCCUUUCCCGUCCCAACCAGUGUAAGAAUGCACUGACAAGAGAAGUAAAAACAAGGCUAAUUAAUAAGUGAUACUUAUUUUUGCUUGUACUUGAUUAGUUUUGGUUUAUGCUCUGUUCCAGAUUGCUGUGGAGUUGUUUCUUUAGUUCUGUUCUAAUCAGUUCUGGCUGGUGACAGGAAUUUGUUGAGCACAUGUGGGGUGAGAAGGGAAAAGCAGAAAGGAUGGAGGUAGGUCUGUAGAGGUGAGGGGCAAAGUUUGCACAUGUUCGCAAGUACUGUCCACUCAAAGGCACUUCUUGAAAAGGCUUCUUGUCCAUUCAAAUAUCUCUUGGAUACUUCUGACUUCUGCUCCCUUCAUUACAAAGCUGCAACAUUUUUCCUUUUUACAUAUAUUUUUUUUUCAGCUAGGUAAUUGUAAUUUAAUUCCUUGCCAUGUCCUUCCUCCUCUUUCCUGAGCAAUGCUGAUGGAGAUGGGGUGCAAAACAAGACAGCCUUUCUAUCAUAGAAGGAAUUGCAGCCCCAACAAGUUGAGGGCAGGAAAGUGACCAAUUUUGUUGGACUGGGGAGUCCCAGAGAAAUCUUCAUGACCUCUAAUGAAACUGCCCACAGUUGUAUGUGUAGCACACACCAGUGCCAGCACCUCAGAGACAGCAGAGAGCUCUGGAGCUCAGCUGCUCUCAUGCUUUUCUGCCAUUCCUUUUCCAACAUCCAAAAAGUCACUUCCCUGUUUCAGGGGGGUUGGCACAAUAACAAAUUGGAAAGCCUUAUCUAAAGGCAAUUUCAGUAUUUACCAAAUUUUAUCCUUUAUGCAGUGGCAUCUGACACAGUUCAAUUAUGGCUUGUCAAAAGCAUUCUCCACUGUGGAGUGGAGUGGAAAAACAGAUUACACAAUGUGUGUGUGCUGAUGCAGCUGACCAGGGGACUAAUGAACUCUUGGCUGUCUCAGUAAGGUGUGUGAAGAGAGGGUUGAAGGAGGGGCAAAAUGAAAAGAUCAGGACUACAGCAGUGGGAGAAAAAUGUGAGAUACUGUGGCUUUUAGCAUGGACGAGCAGCAGUGGCUGCAGCCUGUUCAGGAAAAGCUCUGAAUAGAGAGGAUAUUUUUUCCCUGGGGUGUGGGGGGUGUGUGAGCACAGUUUUGUCAGUAAUAUCUACAAGUCUCUGAUUAUAAAGUGUCAUUUACACCAUUCACCUAUUCUGGUUUUCUUGGUAUUAAAUAAAAGAAAUCUGGGGGAGGCUGGUGGGAGAGCCACAGGUGCCUGUACUGGGCUGGGAGGAUCCCCUCACUUCAUUUAACUGUCUUAGAAGGAGAAUUGAGGACAUCAGUUGUGAAAACUGCAGUGGGAUUGCUUUAAAUUUGCAGGGUCUUUAACUUAGCUAUAAGCAUUUAAAUCAAAUGUGUCUGCCUGCUUCUUGCCAAACAAAUGGCUGUAUUGGUAGAUGUUCCUAUCAGAAAAGUUUAUUUGAUGACUGUGAGAAAAAUUUGAGACUCAGGCCUGGCUGUAGUAGAAUUUGGCUCACUUCUAAGCUGAUGUAACUUUAUGCAGUAUUGGCUAUAAAUGAGAUUCUUUGUUCUGGGAGAAAUUGGAACAGCACAUGCUGGUAGUCUUUUAACUUCCAGGGAAAAGUGAAAUUUGGAGUUCUUUGUUUGCCAAACCUGGCUUAGAGAAGGCAGGGCACACAGUCACUGGUCACAGCUUUUAGAUGUCACCCCACUACAUGAUUCCUGACUGAAGACUGGUGUUUAUCACUUGUCAGAAAAUGUUUUCCUUGUCUGAUCUUCCUGUAUGCAUCCUAUGAUUUGAGGUCAAGGUCUUCUGACUUUGGAAGUUUUUAUUUUCUUAGUAGUUUUACAUAGUUUUCAGCAGGGUCAAGCAUCAUGCACCUUCCACAGCUCCAUCUCAAAAAUGUUUUUUGUGCCACCAAAAUAAAAUGGAUCAAAAAGUCACAGCUGCUCUUGAGAGGGAGAGAUGGAACAUCAACCUGUGUUAGUUUUUUGUACUCCACAGAGGAAUUUCUGCUCCCUACAGCUGUGUCCAAGGGGGUUCUUCCCAUCAAUGUUUUCUGCUGUUUCUCUCUGCGAUUGUCACCAUGGUGUCGUGGUGAUGUGACCCCUCCAUGGGCUCAGAGGAAAAAAGAAAUGGAUAUGCUGCCCUAAACCCUAAACAGGUAAUAAUCCUAUAGUGAGAGGUGCCACAAGUAGAAGUAUUUUUUAAAGAUAAAGGCAUUAGGAGGCAGCAUUUCAUCUGGUCAGUGACAUUCUCACUUUGUUUUUUUCCAAAAUGCUGCUUCCCUGACAUGAGGCUUUCAUCUUCAAGGACCACAAGCAUUUGGCCUGACCUCACCUCUGACCAGGCAAAUCACAUAAAGCAGUCAAAACUGACAAGGGGCUUGCUUGCAUGCAGUGUCAGAGCAGAUCUUGCAGCCAUCCCCAAGAUAUUUGGGUUGAUGUUGCUGUGUCUCAGUCCCCUGAGCUGCUCUGGGGUAAUUCUUGUACAGCAGGUCUGUGUUGGGGAUGGGCCCUGACACGAUUCCUGCUGAUUCUUCCCCUGUCUCCAGUAAAUUCCUUCACUAUAGGGGAGAUCUUUAGAGUCGCAUAUCUUCAGUGAGAAUCUGGGAAUGGCUUUCAAACCACCUUUUGAUGUCAUUUGGCAAAACUUCUGUCUCAGAACAGGUGUUGUUGUAACACCUUAACCUGCUCGAGGUCCCUUGAUCUGAGAGUGCCUCAAAACGUAGCACAUCUUUUAGAUCUAUUUCUUCUUCCUCUUUAAUGUACUGGGUCCUUAUUGAACAUCCUAUGCUAAAAAAUAGAGGAGCCUGGGUGCUCUCUAUCCUAAACAAAACAGGGUGAAGCCCAAAAAUGUGAUGAGGCAGUAGGAGAAGAUGGGAGAGGAGUCCAGGGAUUUCAGCUUUAUUGAGAACCAUCCCACCACUAAUAAAUGAGCAGCUCGUCCUGCCUGCAUUUGGAUGUGAUGGGCCAUGAAAAGCAGGGAAAAAUGUCACUGAUAGAGUUCUUGGAAAGUAUUUUCUAAUUGUCCGAAAGUGGAAUAAAAUGCUAAGAGCAAAUUCAGAGCAAUAUAUUUUUUUUUUAAUUUUUUUUAGGAGGGUGUUUUGCUUUGUUGAUUUACUCUAGGAAAAAAUCUGUCUUUUCUGAAUGUGUGAUUAAGUAGCUGAUGGAAUAAUUCUUUACAGGGAGGAGAACAUGCCAGAACAUUUGAGUGAUGUAAAACAGGGCUGCAGAAAGGAUUAGAAAAGGUACAAGGAGGAGUGAUUUUGUAUUGGUAGUAGACUUAAUAGCACUUUUUUAUCUGUAAUUUUUAUGAUUCUGUGGCUAACCAGGGAAAUGUUUAAUGUUCCUUGUACAGCAAGUGAAGGUAGAAGAAGGCAAAUUGACAUCCCCAGCACUGUUAUAAUUCAUUCCAUUACUUCAACAGGGCUUUUAUAUUGUCACGCCCAUAAAGCGCCAGUGUGCACGCUCAGAGCCAAUCCAUCUUUAUAUACUGCUGCUGAUCCCAUUGAAGGCAGUGGCAAAACUCCCAUCAAUUUUAAUGGCACUGGGAUAUGGCCCAUUUUGUAGAUAUACAAUGGAUAUUUCCUGCACACACCAUUUUUUGUGUGUAACGUGCUCCUCAUCCGAGGUUCAGAGAGUGUUUUAUAAAGUGGUGAAGUCACGACCAUUGAUGUAGUCUCCAGCUGAUGAGAUAAUGUGGUCUGCCUUCAAAACAGGAUUUAAAGGUUGGCAUUUAUUUAUCUACCUAUUUUUUAAUUUAUUAGGGGCACAGGAUGGAGGCAGAAUGUCUCCAUGUGUAGAGUACUGCCUUUGAAAAAUUUGCCCAGAUAAAUUGCAGGAGGUAGCUGUGUUGGAAAUAGAUGCUGCACUUGCAAGGCUAACAUUAUGCUACAGCACUUAAAAUCUAGAAAGCAUCAAAGAAAAUUGAAGGCAAUAUGGAUCAGUGGGUUAGUACAUAACACAGCAGUCUGCAGCACCAGAGGCUAAGAAAGGUCCCUUUUGAAAAGCAGCUGUUUGGAUAGCGACUCACUCAAUCAGCAAGGCACAAACAAACAACAAAAAAAUUAAUUGGAUGAGUAUAUUAACUCAUGUUUAAUUGGGAAAUGUUUUGAAUGGAGGUAAAGUGCCUGUGUCCUGCAGAACCCAUCAUCCUUGACCCUCUUUAUAGAAAAUGCACAAUGUAUGAGCCAUAUUUUGGUGGCUGUGAACCUUGAUGUUUAUGCAUUGAAAGCUCUGGAUUCAGAGCAGCUUUCAACGUGUGGAAAUGAGAUGACCUGCCAGGCUGAUGUUUUCACUCAGCUUCCUUUCCUCACCAUCAAGUACGCUGGAGAGCAGCACAUUCCCAGUUCAGUGCAGGAGCAGGGUUUGCAGAAGACUCCAACAAGAAGUUUGCAGUGUAACUAAAACUUUUAGGAUGUAGCUGUGAGUAAAUAAUUCAGCAGGCCUUGCUGUACAACACUCCUCCUCUUAGUGCUUACUACACUCGCAGCUCCUGCAAUUGGAUUAUGCAAAGGCUUGUCAACUCUUUGCUUAGCUGGGUGUACACAGGAGCUUUUCCAGCUUUUGGUGAAGCACAGGCAGUGCCAGGACAUGGAAGAGUCCUUCUUUCUCAUGCUGUUAAGUGUGUUUUCUGCAUGGGGUGACAAAGCCAUUGAACAGCCUCAUCUCAAUGCACAAGCAGCCCUCUUGUACCCAGUCCCUUACAGCACUGACCUAACCAUGUGAAUUCACUGGUUUUGGUGGGCUGGUUUUCACCAGCUUCAUGUUUUCAGGUUUGUUUGUGUUGUUUAUUCAAAAUAUGUAAGUAGCAGGAUAUUUUGCUUUGUUGGUUUUUCUUUUGCUUGGGAGGGGUAGUUUGUUUGUUUGUGUUAAAUUAUAGAUACAAAAUUGACCUGAACUGCCAGGCUGGGAUUUAUAUUCCUCUUCUGCUUCUCAGGGGAUUGCAGACCUUGAAUUCCACUGCUGAAAGCAGUUUCAGGUGGAGCUGUGUCCCAAGUGCCCAGCUGUGCACCACAUCACCAUUCCUUGUCCAGCACCUGUAAACCACCACAGAGGCUUUGUGGAGAGGCUCAGGGUGGGUCACAGUUCAGCUCCUGGCUCCUUUUUCUAUUUCUGUUGGUUUCCUUUGGCAAUUUCCUUCUGCUGUGAUUUUUAAAAGCACUUAGUGUAGGUCUAAGUGCUAUCAAAAAUCAAAUCUUCCCAUUGCCUUACCUGAAAAUAGUUAAGACUUAUUGGAGCAUAUUUGCUGGUUUGCCCUCAAAGUCUCCAGGAUUUCUUUUUUUCAUCUGUCUCCUGGUAAUUAUGCACACAUGUGAGCCAUCCAGAUCUUGGAGCAACAAAACCACACUUUCCCCAGUAACAUUUUCUAACUUCCACAGAAUCCCAGAAUCACUGAAGCUGGAAAAGACCUCCAAGAUCAUGGAUUCCAUUCUAUUUAGUGCUUAGAGGAUUCACUGGUUUUGCUGAGAAUGUGCAAUACUUUAAUAGCAGAGGGUGGGGAUGAAGAAAGCUUUUUACCACACAUUUUUAUUCCAAUGUACACUCUGAAAUGACAGUCUGGCAAUCCACAGCAGCUGUCAGUAACCUGCAAAUUAUUUCUGCCCUCCCUAGCAGAUGUCACAGUGGCUCUUGGCAAUACACUGUGACAUCCAGAGAUGACAAAGAUUAGAAUAUGGUGGAAGUUGUUAAACAAAAAUUGUAUAAAAUGUUCUUUCUUAGACAAAAAAAAAAAAAAUCCAACCCAAAAAAAAAAAAAAAAAAAAAAACAAAACAAAAAACCAAAAAAACCCACUAACCCCAAAGCAAAGAUGCCUGGCUUUCUGACAAAAGCCUACCUCCUUUUUUUUAAUUAUUAUUUUUCGCAGAUUACAAAAUGCUUUAGCUUCUGAACUCAGCUUUGCUUUAGUCUAAGAUAUAAGCUGCUUUUUAAAGUUAUUGAUGCUUGACCCAUGAAAUAGAAAAUUACACAUAAAAUGGAUUUUGAUCCCAGAUUUCCCAUGCUGGAAACAGAAUACUGUAAAGUGCACCAGCUAUCUAGAAGAGCUAGUAAAAAGAAAAUUAAGGUAAUUAUAGUAAUGGCUGGAACUUUUCAGUUGGAUUUUCAGUAUGGAUUUUCAGUUAUUUCCAGGUGUUUUCAAGUGGCAGAAAACUUUGAAUAAAGAGUCUUAAGAGUAUUUGGAGCAGAACUCUGAACUUCUGGGUUUGUCCCUUUCAAUGGUCUGAUUUGAAUAAAUUUGUAGCUGUGGAGCUUCUAACAAUAUGCAAGCAGCAUGUUCUUUACCAUUAAAACUUGGGUAUGUUUUGUUUUGUCUGUUUUAUUGAACCUGUUUGAUUAUUGAUUUUUCUUCAUAGUCUUUGAAUAAGCAGAAAAAUUGGAAAGAAACAAACCUGUGCUAGGGAGAAGUAUCUUAAAAUUCUUAAAUCUAAAGUUUCUUCUUUUUCUUUUUGUUGAGGAAAAGAAAGCAGGAAAUGUGCUGUUUCAGAAAUAGGCUGUAAAAAAAGGAAAAUAUAAAAACUUCUCAGGAAAGCACAUCCUCUGUUGAAUUAAAAGGAGAAUGGGAAUUCCCUUUCCCUCUUUACAUGAUCCUUUUACUGUGUCUGCAAGGUUAAGAGUACUUAAGUGACCCUUUCAAAGUCCUUUUCACUUCCUUAGGCCUUCAAAAUCAUCUCAGCACUUUGCAAAUGUUAAACUUUGUGCUCCAAAUGGACUAAGUUGCGGUUUUACAAGUUCAGCUCCUCAGGUACACAGCUGCUGGUGGAGGAAAGUCUCAUUGAUCUGCUGUGGGGGGAUUUUAAUAAAAAUAUUGUGUAGACUUGUGUGGGAAAAGCAAAAGUUUGGUUGGAAUACCUGCAACUGGUUUACACUAUUUAAUGGAUUAUUCUUAUAAUGAACAAAGCAGAAUCAGGCAUGAAAAGGCAUGAAUUUCAUGCAAACAUGAAUUUUGCAGUCCUUCCUGCCCAUCAUAUCUCACCUAAUAUUUUCUGGCUUUCUUCUUUGAAUGGAAGAGACUUUUAUGUUCUCUGCCUGGUGAAAACUGCAGUUCAAAAUUUAUGCAGGGUUUGCAAACAAGUAAAAGUUUUCUGUUUAAUCUUAUUUGAAUUCCUGCAGCUGUAAACCUCAACUUUUAGUGUCUGGAAUGGUAAUAAGUUCAAUAUAUAUAUAUAUAGAGAGAGAGAGAGAUGUAUAUUGGUAUGUAUAUUCAUGGGAGACUGUAUUAAAAUGUAAUGACACAAAUGUAAUUUUCACUUCAAUUUUGGAGAAUAAAGCAAACCCAUCUUCUGUCAGUCAGAGUUCUCCCACAUUGCCUGCCUCAGAGAAUGGGACUUGAAUUUUUCCAAUGAAAUUAGAAUGUCAUGGCCUUGACCUGAAUGGAAACAAAUGUUAAAAAAAUAUUUAUACAGAAGAUGCAAGAGUAUUCCAUGGGACUUCUCUGGCUGUUAAUUUGUGAGCAUUGUUAAUUCAGUAGCAAUAACCUCUAUCAGUGCAGCCUGAGUGUCAAUAUUCACACAUGCCAUUAUAUGCAUGAAAAAUGCUCCAUUUGCCUUUUUUUUUGCCCUCCUAACAUGCACGAUCAGUUUCAAGUAUAACACUCUCAAAUUUGUAUUAUAUUCAGCCAAUCCUGAUCUCAUUAUGUUGGACAAACACUGUACAGGAGGAAAGUGGAUCACAUAAAUGCUCCUAAUAUUAUUCAUGAAUUUUCCUACUGCAGUGUUUUGGAAAUAUGCUACAAAUAUUCUCCUAUAAAUUACUUUGUUUAAGUUCUGGUAUUGUAUUUCUGUGGGGGUUUUUUGGGUUUUUUUUGGUUCAUUACUAUUUAGAAGGUUUUAAUUCAUUGCUUCAGAUAAAAUUGAGUGCUUUACUAUUGCUGCUUGCUGUCUACCAUUGAUGGUGAUGCUCAUCCCACCUCUUUUUUUCAUUUUUAAUUUUUUAAAGCAUGCUUUGAAUCAGCCAAAAUUUAUAAUUGCUAAAUACUGUUCCAGCCACUGUAGGUAAAAUAGUUUUGACUCCCUCUUGUCAUCUGAUGUAAAACUGUUUGCACCUGGUGGUUGCUGUUGGGUGUAAAAUAUGCCCAAAAUAUGGAACUAGAAAUAUAGAGAUUUUUUUAGUAAACAUAUUAAUAAAUAAUUAAAAAAUAACAUUAUAUAUGUGAAAUGUAUAGGUUAGAAACAUAUGAAGUAUUGCAUGUGGCCCACAUAGGGUAAAGGAGAGCUGCUGGUAACUCUUUUUUAUUAAUCUCUCAUUGUUGGUGUUUAUUUCUUUUGACUAUGCUGAGACUUGUGAACUGGACUUUUGGAUGUUUAAGGUAUAACAGUCUUCAUUUUGAUACAAAAUUGCUGUGGGUGCUGAAUUUCCUCUUUUCCAUCUGGUCCUGGUUUUGACUUCUGUUCACUAAAGUUAUUAAAAUUCUUGUGCAUGAAUAAUAAAUUAAAUAAAUUAAAAAAUCA